AUGCCAGAUUUCGCCUGGCCUUCGGUGUCAAAGAGGCGAUUGCAGCGCUCAUCUCCUGCCUCGAUCUGCUCUACGUCGGCGCCAAGAGCCCCAUCCCGUCGGCUCUCUGCGCGAUAUCCGAGCAAAAAAACGACGUUGGUCGCAUCAACGCUUUUGACCGGUGCCUGCUUCCUCGGUGUGGAGCCCGGCUCGAUCGAGUCUUUGCCUCCAACACAACCUGCGACGAUCCGCCCAGCUCUGCAGCUCGGCGACUUUUGCUGCCCGCACUCCCGCAAUGCCAGCCGCAGUUCGAGGUUCACACGCGGCGCUCCCCGGCCAUCUCCUGUCGCUGCCAAGGGUUUGGCACGUAAAAUUGACCGGGCAAACGAGCUCAAUCCCAUCGCCGCCAGGCGCUUCGGACUUGCAUCGCCGAAAAAAAGACAGCGCGCUCGAGUCGACGUAAGACGUCACAAGCUCAACAGUCAAAGGUCAGAUGCGGGCGAAGCGCUCAAAGGUCAGGGACCACCAAGAGUUGAGCCGGAGACCGGGACGACAGCAUGGCCCAACAGCCGCGAAUCCGUGUCGAGGGAAGCUCGAAUGUCGGCUUCCCAGUGCAGACAGACACUCUCUGCAGCGAUUGAUUGGCUGCGAUGCCAAGGCGUUUACCCGCCACGCGGGAGAUGCAACCUCGUCGCCGCCUGUCGCCGCCACGCUGGCCAUUCGGAUCCAAUCACGCUCAUCGCGGCACAAGGUUUAUCAGAUGUCGUCUCGAACCGAGCAGGACGGAUGCAUUCCAUCUCCUCGCAUGAUCCCAUCAACGAGGCCCACGCGCCAGGACCCGAAGCACAGCCCCGCCGCCAUGUGGUGGAGACCGCGCGGUGGUGGCAGCAGCGCCCACAGGGUUCGGGCAGUGCGGCCUUUGCGCAUGCAAAUGAGUAUAUUCAGCCGCCGGUCAAACUUGGCGCCGUCAAGACCACGAGGUCGGCCCCGGCGCUGCGCCAAAGGCAAGGGACCUUCGCUGUGGGCCAAGUGAAGCUGCAGCUGGCAGCACACCGCAGCGACCCAGCUCAGCCAGGCAGUCGGCCGCUCAAUCGAGGCUGGGCACCAGCGCGCGAGCGUCGCCGUCGCUGUCGGGCAAGUCGUAAGCUCGCCAACACACCACGCCGACUGUCGACGACAACGCCAGCACGUCACGCACAGCCGACAUUCAUCACCCACACCAAAUCCAGACCACGAUCGCUCACCACAUACGGCCCUUCGCUUGUGUUCGAUCUUGUUGCACCACCACCAACACCACCACCGUCACCGUCGCAUUCCACUCUUGCACAGAUGAAGGUCGAGAUUUGCGCUUUCUCCCAAAGGAAGAUCUACCCCACUACCGCUGCACAGACUCCGGCGGCCAAAGCACAUUCGACCACCUCCUCGACAAUCGCAUCAUUACGACUCGGAAGAGCACACCAGCACCCAGGCAGCAUCGGAGGCAGCAUCGGAGACACUUCGACGUUCAGCAGUGUUCAGACGUUGGCAAUUCAGGGCAGAGGAGCAUGGGACGAGGCCAGUUGGGAUGGAGCAUGGGAAGGGACGCACCUGGACGGUUCGCAGCGGGAUGGAGAUGUGCUCAGCAGCGUCGUGAAGGCAGGGCAGAGACCAGAUGGCAGGGAUAGUGGUCAGAUCUUGGUCGCAUUCUUGGGCAGACAUUCGAGUCUUCAGUGCAUCGCUACCACCUACUCGCUCUACCGGUCAAACGUGCUGCGCAUUCGCACGCCCAGCAUACGUCGGAUGAUCGCAGUUUCGGUGCCACGUCUUGCAGUGCAGCAUGUCGACAGCUUGUCUGGCAUGGUUGGAGCCAACACCUCAUCAACCGCAUUGCAUGGGGGAUGGAACGGAGGAACAGGACUUGUUACAAUCAGUGCCGCUCGCCGAUCGGAUCAGAUCAUUCGCCGUCUUUACGUGACGCCCUCGACAUGUCGAAGCCUCAACCUUGGAUUGCAUGCCCAUUCAUCAGCACGUGGAAGCAUGCUCGACGGUCGUCUUUACGUCCGCGGUGACAACAAGGUGUUCCGCUUUGUCAGCUCGAAGAACGAGUCGCUCUUCCUGCAGCGCAAGAACCCCCGUAAGAUCGCCUGGACCACUGUGUACCGUCGUCUUCACAAGAAGGGUGUUACCGAGGAGGUCGCCAAGAAGCGCUCGCGCAAGACUGUCAAGCACCAGCGUGGCAUCGUCGGCGCUUCGCUCGACGUGAUCAACGCCCGCCGCAACCAGAAGCCCGAGGUUCGUGCUGCCGCUCGCCAGGCCGCCAUUGCCAAGAGCAAGGAGGACAAGAAGUCCAAGGCCGAGGCACGCAAGGCGACCAAGGCCAAGUCGGUCGGCUCCGGUGGUGCUGGUCCCCAGAUCUCGCGCCAGCAGAUGAAGGGUGGUGCCGGCAAGGGCCGUGUCUAA